AUGUUUGUCCAAGAUCUGCCGCAGCAUCCGAUGUUCGACUUCGAUGAGUUGGAGCAACAGGAGGACGUGGCCGAAACGGUGCCGGAGGUGACGUCGGAGGAAGCUGCGAGGCAUCCCGAGGCGACCGGGUCGGCGACCGGCUCGGCGACCUUGUCCUCGCCCCCAAAGGAGCCGCCGCCGCCGCCACCGGAGGUGCCCAUGCCGGAGCCGGAGCCGGAGUUCAAUGACCAGACUAUCGAGACCCCGCGGGUAAUGAGUCGUCCACCGGGUCUGGCGUCUCCUGCACGAGAACUUCGGGCAGCAAAGGUGGUCGGCAACGUCUUGGCGCUGGACGAGCAAAGUCAGCAGCACUUGCUGCGGCAUGAGGAGCUGCGAGACGUGCGAGAUGCAGCUCCACGAGUGCUAAAGAUCUUUGGGCUGGCCUGCAACACCCAGUUUAGCGUCGUUACGGAUGAAUCAGGUCGAGACAUGGAGGUGAUGGUCCCGAACCGGAACCGAAGCAAAAUCCGCUUCGGGGCACGCAUCUCUAGUUGUGCCUUGAAACCGGACGAUGGACAUCUCCUCGUGGCCUGUGAGGACGCUACUCUCUCCACCUAUCGGUUAGAUCCCACCACUGGGAAGACUUCAACUGUGCUGAAAUUGCACUUCAGCGAGGAUCCACCCAAGGAGCUGAUCUUUUUCUCCCUGAAGCUGGAGGAUGCUAGCUAUGGCAAUGGUUUGUUCCCAUCCAAAUCCAAGAACUCGGCCAAGUUCUGA